AAAUAUGAUUAAAGCACAGAAAGACUACAAACCGUUUGAAGUGGUGUUUGAAUGCCAACUAUUUGUCCACAAAAUUGAUUAUCAAUAUAAAGGACAGGUAUGUGACAACUGUUUAACCAAAAGUGAUGGUUUGAAGAGAUGUUCGGUAUGUAAACACAUGUAUUAUUGCGACCGAAACUGUCAGCGUAAAGACUGGCGGACCGGACAUCGGUAUGAGUGCCAGAUAUUCAAGAAUCACUACCAGAAACUGGUCGAUGAAUACGAUUUGGCCUCACUAUUGCUCAGGUUGUAUCUGAUUAUUAAAGCUGAUCCACAAAUUGUCUACAAAAUGUACGACACUGUUGACGGAAAGCAGAGAUGUUUUGCCGAUUUGAUGACACAUCGCGAAGAGAUACUGCAAAACAAACGUAAAGUGAAUCUCAUACUAGAUAUCCACAAAAGGAUCAGUUCUUGUGGUGUGGAACUAACUGUCGAUGAUUUGGUCAAUUUGUUUGUAUUUCAGCAAUUAUGCGGCGGCGGUAUAUUCAUCGGCGCGUCGGUUUUGGACCACUCGUGUACAGGCAAUAGACUACAAAUUAUAGCCAACCAAAACGUUACCGCCGGCGAUGAGUUGACCAUCAAUUAUGCUAACCUUUUGUGGACAACUGAUAGGCGAAGAAAGUUAUUGAAAGUUAAUUACUUUUUUGAUUGUCACUGUCGUAGAUGUGUUGAUGGCAUUGUUGAUGACAAUAGUAUUGAAAAUAUGAUUAAAGCACAAAAAGACUACAAACCUAAUGAAGUGGUGUUAGAGUGUCCACCGUUUGUACACAUUAUUUACAAUCAAUAUAAAGGACAGAUAUGUGACCACUGUUUGGUCAAAAGUGAUGGUUUGAAGAAAUGCGCGAACUGUGGACACAUGUAUUACUGCAACCGAAACUGUCAGCGCAACGACUGGCGGGCCGGACAUCGGUAUGAGUGCCAGAUAUUCAAGAAUCACUCCCAGAAGCUAUUCGAUGAAAACAAUUUGUGUCCAACAAUACUCAGAUUAUAUCUUAUAAGCAAAUCUGAUCCAAAAACUGGUACAACAAAAGGUACGACACUAUUGGCGGACAACAGCGAUGUUUCAAUGAUUUGA